UUACGAAACGUACCCUAAAUUAUUUGCGGUGAAUCUUGCUUUAAACGCCAAAACCAGAACUCCUCUCUCUGUCUCCUCUGCAAAACCCUAAAAUCUUCCAGCUAUCUAACUCGCCUGCGAGCUACCAUCUCUGGUCUGACUGGUCGUAGGUACAACCUACUUGGGGAGAAUUUAUAGUUAUCGCUUUUCUGACCUAGCGGACCCUGUUUUUCUCUUUAGUUUUUCUUUCAAUAUACUGUUAAAAAUGAUCAAACGAUCACUGUCGAUUUCAAUUCUGCGAACUAAAAAAUAUAUUCUUUCUCCUAUUCACUCUUUCCACUGUAAGCUCUUCUCUUCGCUUUCUGAUGUAGAAGCCCAAUUGAGAUUUCUCUGUGAGGAACCCAAUCCUCAAUUAUCCGAAGCAGUUUCUGUGUUUCAUCGAGCUAUCGAUUCAAGUCUCUUUCUUUCCGAGUCAGCCUGUACUUCUCUUAUAGCAUCUCUGGUAAAGUCUAAAAACUAUGAAUUGGCAUUUUCAGUUUAUAUUAAGAUGACUCACGUGGGUAUUUUGCCUAGUUUUAUUUCGUUGAGUCGUUUAAUUGAUUGUUUUGUACAUAUCCAGAAGCUAAAUUUCGCUUUUGCGGUUUUGGGUUUGAUUUUAAAGCGUGGUUUUGUUGUUAGUUCGUAUAUUAUGAAUCUUAUGUUGAAGGGUUUGUGUAGAAAUGGUAAGGCUUUUGAGGCUAUAUAUUUGCUUAGAGAAAUGAAGAGAAGCCUUGUUUCGCCGGACAUUGUUGGUUAUAAUACUAUUGUAGGUGGAUUGUGUAAAGAGAAAAAUUUUGAAAAUGCAGUAGACUUGUUAGUUGAGAUGGAGGGAACAAAUUGUGAACCAAAUACUGUUACAUAUGGUAUUUUGAUGGAUGGUCUUUGUAAGGAUGGUAGAGUAGAAGAGGCGAUGAGGCUGUUAAAGAAGAUGAAAAGAAAGGGAUUGGAGGCGGAUAUUGUUGUUUAUAGCACGCUUAUCAAUGGUUAUAGUAAGAUGGGGCAAUGGAAAGAAGCCAUGGCAUUGUUAAAUACUAUGGCAGAAAUUGGGAUUCGCCCUAAUGGUUAUAUUUAUAAUUGUAUGAUUUCUGGUCUUUUCAAAGAUGGAAAACGUGCUAAGGCUAUAGACUUGUUUAAAUUGAUGAUGGAAAAGGGUGAAGAGCCUUGUCCUGUAACAUAUGGUGUUCUAAUUAAUGGACUAUGUAAGGAAGGCCUCAUCAAUGAUGCUUUUAAAAUCUUUGAAAUGAUGUUGGAGAAGGGUAAGAAACCUAAUGUUGUAUGUUACAAUACCUUACUGAUGGGACUUUGCAAUAAUGGUAAGGUUGAUGAGGCAAUGAAAAUUUUUAGUGCUGUAUUGAGGGAUGGAAAUUAUGUUGAGCCAGAUGUGAUUACGUUUAAUUAUCUAAUUCAUGGGCUAUGCAAGGAAGGUCGGCUUGAUGAAGCUGCUGAGAUUUAUGAUAUUAUGAUUCAGAAGGGGAGCUCCGGUAAUUUGGUAACAUAUAAUAUUCUCAUUGGGGAAUAUAUAAAGGCAGGAAUGAUUAAUAAGGCUAUGCAAAUGUGGAAACGUGUACAUGAAUUGGGAUUUGUUCCAAACUCGUUUACCUACAGAACCAUGGUUUCUGGAUUUUGUAAAAUUGGUAUGCUUAAUUUUGCAAAAGGACUUUUUACUAGGUUUAGAGCUUCGGGGUUUAGCCCUUUGUUGUCUGACUACAAUAUGCUAUUGGCAUCCUUGUGCAAGGAGGGCAGCUUGGCGCAGGCGAGGAAGUUGUUUGAAGAAAUGAGUAACUCAAACUAUGAAUUGGAUUCUGUCUCUUUCAAUAUAAUGAUUGAUGUGACUCUGAAAGCAGGGGAUAUUGAAUAUGCUAAAGAAUUACUAAACGACAUGCUUGAAUUGGGUUUGACUCCUGAUGAUUUUACUUACUCUAUAUUAAUAAAUAGGUUAUCAAAACUUGGACAAUUGGAAGAGGCUAAAGGAGCUUUUGAUAGAAUGAUAUCCUCUGGCUUUAUUCCUGGUAUCCAUGUGUAUGAUUCAUUACUUAAAUGUUUUGCUUCAAUGGGUGAAACAGAAGAGAUUAUAAAUUUGCUUUGUCAAAUGGCUGACAAGGGACUUAAUCUUGACUCGGAGAUAACAAAUACAAUCUUGGCUUGUCUAUGUCAUAGAUCAAUGGGUCUCAAUGUGAAGCAUCUGCCAACUUUUGCCCCAAAAAUAUCGGAAGGGACAAGCAUCUCAUGCAAUGAGUUGUUGAUGAAAAUACAAGAUUCCAACCCAGAACUUUAGGCACAUGCAGCUUGAUAUUGUCCCAUCGUCAGAACAAUUCGGACCACGAAAUGUCACCCACGAUGUUCUCUUCGAUAUUUCGUGGAUUCCAAGAAACCUUAUGACGGUCGACAAGAUACCAGGAAAAGAAGGAGAGCUUCGGGCAAAACUAUAAAACUGGACAUGCUUAUGAUGCUUGCAAGGAACAGGAAGGUUGAUGAAGUGAAGCUGGUUUGGCAAGAUUUGAAGAGGGAGGGAGUCUUGUUUGACCAACAUACUUUUGGGGACAUCAUUAGGGCAUUCCUAGAUAGUGGGUUACCAUCAGAAGCAAUGGACAUAUAUGAGGAGAUGAGACAAUCUCCAGAUCUUCCAUCAUCUUUGCCUUUUUGAGUGAUCUUGAAAGGUAUUCCAUAUCCAGAUUUAAGAGAGAAGGUGAAAGAUGACUUCUUGGAACUUUUUCCCAACAUACUUGUUUGUGACCCAGCUGAAGAUUUUGAAGUAGCUGUUCAUAUAUAAGUAGCUAGUACAGAGGAGAUAAGAUUUUGACAUCUUAAGGUUGAUCUAACGCCAGCUUCAGCUCUUUGGCUUGAUUGCAACAAGUCUGUCUUUCAAAGGAGAAAACCAAUCCUUAUUUCGCGACAAAGUCGAGCUUUGUUAUCCUCCUUGAUCACAGUAUAGAAGGGAGCAAAGCUGGCUUCUCAACCCUGGGAAAUUCAAGAUCAAUGUUAGAUGGCUGUGAUGGGAGGCAGUUUCUGAUUGGUUUCUAGAGAUUUGAGAAGCAAUGCACUGGGCAACUGUAUCCACUUAUCCCUAUUCCUACAAAGCUGGAAUUUCUGAGGAUCUUGAUGCUUGUAGUGUACCAUAACAUGGCAAUGGCAAGUAAUCGAUCAAAUUCGAUUUGAAUUGAUUCGAACUCAAAUUUUAGCAGUCCGAUUCAAGUUUCGCCAAGGUACGCAUUUGGAACCAAUCAAACCAAUACCAAGUAGAAUCAACAAACUUUCUUGCUUUAUUAUUAUUUUUAAAGAUGAUCAUAUUUUUUUUGUAGAUGAAUUAUUUUUCAAGUCAGAUUGAAGUGUAUGUUGUACAAUUAAUGAUAUUUUAUAUUUUAUUUUUAAUUUCAUUAGA